UCAGGCUGUGCCUGACAGCUGCUUCUCAAUUGGUGCUAAAGUGCCUGGAUUUCAUCCGCUGACCUUCAGAGUUGAUCUGUCUCACUGCACAGGGGAAGUGUCUUCACUGCAAAAGAUCCUUCUUGCGAAUAAGCCCAAUCUCCAUUUGGACUAGAAAGGCGACAUCAAAACCUGUUAGAAGCCAUAUUUAGCACUUCAUCCCUCAAGCACUCUGAAUGAGCCUUUGGUUUCCAAUGGGUACUCUUCCACCUCCUCUUGUCUUCACCUCUUGCUUGGCAUGCCUCAUCUUGAACGUCUACAGCCAGACGGCCAACAGUUUUGGGGAGAACCCCAUCUCUUUUGAGGUCCACGGCCAAGAUAAAGCUUACAGUCUUAUCCAGCCAGGCAUCUUCCUGGACACCAAAGUCGCCUCCAACCAGUCGGGCACCUUCCUCAGAGAUGCCGUCACUCCAGCCCCGCCGGUUUCCGUCAUGUGUGCAAAGCGGACUGAAAUCAGGCAUGCUUUUAAGUACAUCAACAGCUUUGUGUCCUGCACCAUCUUCCUGGUGGGUAUCAUCGGCAACUCCACCCUUCUCAGGAUCAUCUACAAGAACAAGUGCAUGAGGAGCGGGCCCAACGUGCUGAUUGCCAGCUUGGCUCUGGGGGACCUUCUCUACAUCCUCAUUGCCCUGCCCAUCAAUGUAUAUAAGCUGCUUGCGGAAGACUGGCCCUUCGGCGUCCACGUGUGCAAGUUAGUGCCGUUCGUACAGAAAGCCUCCGUUGGCAUCACUGUCCUCAGCCUCUGUGCUCUCAGCAUAGACAGGUACAGAGCGGUGGCUUCUUGGAGCCGAAUCCAAGGGAUUGGCAUCCCCAUGUGGAAGGCAGUCGAGGUGACUCUCAUCUGGGUAGUGGCCAUCAUCCUAGCCGUCCCGGAAGCCAUCGCCUUCGACCUGGUGAAACUGCCUUACCGUGAAGAGACCCUCUGGGUCUGCAUGCUGUCCCCCCAGCAGACGACCAGCUUCAUGGCGUUCUACAAGAAUGUGAAAGACUGGUGGCUCUUCGGCUUCUAUUUCUGCUUGCCUCUGGCCUGCACCAGCGUCUUCUACACACUCAUGUCCUGCGAGAUGCUGAGCCAGAGGAACGGCAUGAGGAUAGCACUCAACGACCACAUGAAGCGGCGCAGAGAAGUAGCCAAGACAGUGUUCUGCCUGGUGGUGAUCUUUGCCCUCUGCUGGCUCCCUCUUCACCUGAGCAGGAUCCUCAAGAAGACCAUCUAUAACCCGCAAGAUGUCGAUAGAUGCGAGCUUCUUAGCUUCCUCCUGGUCAUGGAUUACUUUGGCAUCAACAUGGCCUCACUCAACUCCUGCAUCAACCCAGUGGCUCUCUACUUUGUCAGCCGGAAAUUUAAGAACUGCUUUCAGUCAUGUCUGUGCUGCUGGUGCCAGAGACCAGCCCUUGGCAUUGUGCCGACAGAUGACAAAGGUUCGGUGGGUAAGUGGAAGACCAAUGGGCAAGUGCUGGGUCUCGACCGGAGCAGCUCUCACUUGAGCAACAAGUACAGCUCAUCUUAGGCGGAAGAACAAGAGAUCAAAGGUCAAUCAGGACAAUGGAGUUGACCAUCCUGAACUAGCCCUGGUUUCCCAGAGUCCCUCUUGAGUCCCUCUGGUUUCUUCACCUUCCUCCCACAAAAACUAAGAUACCAGCCAGCUCCAAAGGAAGCCACACUUGAAGGGGCACCUCUUGGACACCUCUUAUUCUCCUGGAGUUUCCUCUCUAAGAACUAUUCUUUUUUCCCCCUGUAAAUCAGAAGAAUUGCUCGGGCCAUCGAAGUUGCUGCCUUUAGCUCUAAAUUUUCCUGGACGUGUAAAGAGCCAUCAAGUCGCCACCAAAUUAUGGUGUCUUUCAAAGCGAGGGAGCUUUCAAGGCAUGUGAGAAGCAGAGGUGGUUUGUCACUAUCUUCCUCUGCAGAGGUGGUCUGGUGGUCACCCAUUCCUUGGUGGUCACCCAUUCCAAGUCCUGACCCUACUUAGCUUUUGAGAUCUGACAAGAAGGGGGUAUACCACACCACUUUCCCUCCUUUCCUGGAUACCAGUCUUUAAAAACCUGAACAUGACUGAGAAUCUUCUCCCUAGUGCAUUGAGAGGGAAUGGAAUGUCCAGCGCAGACAAUUACCUCAUUUCCUGAGGCCAGGUAUACAGAGCAGUAGCAGAGAGUCACUGUGUGGGGACAAGCCCCAGAGCUCAGCCAUUAUCAUCUCAUUUCCCUGCCUCCUCCAGUGACAAACAAGGUCCUUCUCCACUGUAGCCAGUGGUGGGAUCCAAAAAUUUUAGUAACAGGUACCCAUGGUGGUGGGAUUCAGACUGUGGCGU